AUGGCCGACGGCAGCGCCUCCGCCUCGCCGCCCUCCGUUUCUCCGCACCACCAGUACCACCGCGACGCCAUCAAGUCUUCAGUGCGCAAUACAGCUGCUAAUCGGAGGAGGGAGCAGGCUCUUGCAAUAGGGAAGGAAAGAAGGGAAGCUUUGAUGCGUGCAAAGCGAGUAUGUCGAGCUCCUCUUUCCGGCAGUGAUGAGGCUGCAGCAGAAGAUGGUGACAUGGUUAUUGACGAGGGGAAAGCAGAUCUUGAGGCUAGAACGACUCAGGCUGUUGAGGAACUGAAAUCUGCUUUGUCAAGCCAGGGAAAAGGGGCACAGAAGAGGAAGACAGAGCUGCUUCGUGCUUUAAGGCGUUUGUUGUCCCAGUCUGAAGUACCUCCAGUUGAUGCAGCAAUUAAAGCUGGAGCAGUCCCUCUGUUAGUGCAGUAUCUGUCGUUUGGAUCAUCAGAUGAACAAUUGCUAGAGGCAGCUUGGUGCCUUACAAACAUAGCGGCAGGGGAACCUGAGGAAACUAAAUCCUUACUUCCUGCUCUACCAUUGCUCAUUGCUCACCUUGGUGAGAAGAGCUCCACACUUGUCGCGGAACAAUGUGCAUGGGCCAUCGGUAAUGUUGCUGGUGAAGGAGUAGAGCUGAGAAGCACAUUACUUGCUCAAGGUGCUUUGUGGCCUCUUGCCCGUUUAAUGCUGUCAAAUAAGGGUUCUACAGCAAGAACUGCUGCAUGGGCAUUGUCAAAUCUCAUCAAGGGGCCUGAUUCCAAGGCUGCGAAUGAGCUUAUUGGCAUCGAUGGUGUACUGAAUUCAAUCACGCGGAACUUGGAAAAAGCGGAUGAAGAACUUGCAACUGAGGUGGCAUGGGUAGUGGUCUAUCUUUCAGCACUUUCAGAAAAAGCUACCAGCCUAGUAGUAAGAAGUUCUGUGCCACAGUUGCUGAUCGGGCGGCUUCUAGCAUCUGAAAACUUGCAGUUGCUCAUUCCGGUACUUCGCGGUUUAGGAAAUCUUGUAGCUGGUGAUGGUUACAUGGUUGAUUCAGUCCUAAUUGUUGGAAACAGUGUCACAGAUCAAGCCUUAUCAAGUCUUAUCAAGUGUUUGAAGAGCGACAAUAGGGUUCUCAAGAAGGAGGCAUCAUGGGCCAUGUCAAAUAUAGCAGCGGGCAGUUUCGAGCAUAAGAAACUGAUAUUUGCUAGUGAGGCGACUCCUUUGCUGAUGCACCUCCUCAGGACUGCACAAUUUGACAUCCGCAGGGAAGCAGCAUACACCCUGGGCAAUCUGUGUGUUGUCCCAGCAGGCAGUGGUAACCCCCCAAACAUAAUCAUUGAACAUUUAGUUGCCAUCGUAGAUGGUGGAGCCCUUCCAGGAUUUAUAAAUUUGGUGAGGUCAGCUGAUAUAGACAGUGCGAGACUUGGGCUUCAGUUCCUGGAACUGGUGAUGAGAGGAUACCCUAACAGUCAGGGUCCAAAGCUCGUGGAGGCAGAGGACGGCAUCGAGGCUAUGGAGAGGUUCCAGUUCCAUGAGAACGAGGUGAUGAGGAAUAUGGCCAACGGUUUGGUUGACAAAUACUUUGGCGAAGACUAUGGUCUCGAGUGA